CCGGGUCAAAUGCGAGGAUUAUUAUUAUUAUUACUACUAUUAUAGGAACCGUGUGCGUGCGGUUCAGAUACCUGUGUUAGCGUUGCGGUGCAGAAUUAACAUACAGUGGGUCAAAAGGGGUCUGAGGUCAUGGAACAUAUGGGGUCAGUACAAGGAAAGAGGGUUGAAGGAAACACGAUUGGAUAUGUUAAUAACGGGUUGUAAGCGAAUGAUAAGAGAUUGGAGGAAGGUAUGGAGGGAGUGGGGAUGAGAGUAUAAAGACGGGGAGAACAAAGAAGGAAAGACAGAAGGGAAAGAUCGGAGGCGCACGAGGGAAGACUUGAUGGAAGAUCAAAAAGCUUGAGCACCCAGACGAGACAGAUUGGACCCUCGGCUGCGGAACGUCCCGACCCGCGGUAGUAUUGCUUUAUUGUAAACCCUCCGCGGUGUCAUUUUAUUUGCCUAAACGGAAUACUGGGUGACCUUUCUUGAUAUCCAACACCUGCUUAAAGCCCUCACUGCCUUUUCCUGUUUAGGCUGCAGUUUCCCCAGUCAUAAACAGCUCACACCUACGCAGAGUGAAGCAUUAGACGAGGAAAAAUUUGCAAGGCAAUGGGGAAUGAGGCAUUGCCCUGGAAAACACAUGUAGAAGCCGUAUAAAACCCAGAGCCGUGGCUCGAAGGGUAGAAGGCGUUUCAACCAUUGAGAGCAGGAUGGUAUCUCCUCAGUUGUUCCUGUUGGCUCUGUGCCUCUGCUGCGUUCAGACUCGACACUUCUGCCGUCUGACCAACAUCACCAUCUCCGCGGAGAAGGAGGAAUGUCCCACCUGUAUCACCCUCACCACUUCAGUGUGUACUGGCUACUGCCUGACCAAGGAGUCUGUGUAUAAGAGCGCUCGCCUCUCCAUGUACCAACACGUCUGCACGUACGGGAAGAUCGAGUACCAUUCGGUCAAACUUCAAGGCUGUCCCAAAGGUGUGGACCCCAACUACACGUUCCCGGUCGCCAUCAGCUGCGAAUGCAACCGCUGUAGAAUGGAUUACACCGACUGCGCUCUGCAGAGCAUCCGACCAGACUUCUGCAGUGUUCGAAGGGGAAACCAGUGAGACAACUCCCCCCCACCCCCCCCUCCCCGUCUCCUCUACCGCUCACUUACACACCCGCGCACACACACACACACUUCCUGCUCACGCUUACACAUGCACCCGAGUGCGUGCACGACUUGCACGUUCCUGUAGACAGUGAUACACGCGCACACACACGUACUCGCACACUCUG